GAGUCCUACCAGGAGAAAGCUUGGAGAAAAUUCAGGGAGCAACCAUUAGUCCCUAUUGGUACUCUUGUGACAUGCGGUGCACUUUUAAUGUCGGUGGUCAAAAUGAGACGCGGCGACUCCCAAUCACUGAACAACUGGCUACGUGUUCGCGUCAUUGCUCAAGGUGCAACUAUCGCUGCCGUCUGUGCAGGAACCUAUGUAAUGAGCUCGAAUGUCGGUGAUGAAACGAAACAGACCAGACAACUCGACGAGAUACAGGCACAUCGGGAAGCUCGUGCAGGCAGGGAGCGAAAAGAGUUCGAGGACCGUUUGAAGGAUGCGGAAAAGCAGUGGAAA